AUGUCUUCCUUUGAGGGAGGCUUGCGUGUCAUUGAAUGGGGUAUAGCUUCCUUUAUUCUGUACUCGUUGUUCACUGGGGUAUAUAGGCUUUUUCUAUCACCCAUCUCCCAUAUUCCAGGCCCGAAGCUGGCUGCACUCACGUACUUCUAUGAGUUUUAUUACGACGCUAUCUGCAAAGGCCGCUACCUCUGGAAAAUCCAAGAAUUGCACCAGCAGUAUGGACCAAUUGUGAGGAUUAACCCGCGCGAAGUGCACAUCAACGAUGUCGAUUUCUAUGACCAGAUAUAUGCCAGUGGGCCUCAGCACCCGCGCAACAAGCUCCGAUUCAUGGCCACGCAUGAUGAAAGCAUGUUCGAUACUUACGACGCUGAUAUGCACCGUUACCGCCGGGCCGCUAUGUCUGUCUCGUUCUCGAAGAGCUCGAUACGAGCGCUCGAGCCUGUCAUUCGCAGAACAGUAGAACAAUUGUGUUCACGUAUAAGGGCACUUGUUGGGACGGGUGCUGUUGUCAAUAUGAAGGAGCUCUAUAGUGGGCUCACUAUGGAUGUCAUCGGCCAAUACUGUUUUGGCGAAAGCAUGGACAACCUCAAGCAAGAGCAAUUCGGCAAGGCUUUCCUUGAUUUUUUCCACCAGAUGCCGCAGGGUCAUCCAAUCGGCCGGAUGUUUCCCUGGCUGUUUGACGUUUUGCAAAAGAUUCCUAUCGGAAUACUGGCCAAAAUUGAUCCAGGGCUUCAGCCACUGGCGGACUACGAUAAAAAAAUCUCAAGUCAGAUCAAUUCAGUGUUGCAAAAAAGUAAACACGACAAUAUUCGUACGGUUUUUCAUGAGAUGCGCGAUAGUAAACACCUUCCACCAGAUGAAAAGACCCUAGAACGGUUCAAAGCCGAAGCCGCAAUAUUCCUUGGUGCUGGCACAGAGACUACUGCUUCAGCGCUGACGACUAUCAGCUACUAUCUGUUAGAGAAUCCUGGUAUGCUUCUACGUCUACGUGCAGAGCUCGGGAGCGGUAUUCCGAACGGGAGCAAUGAGCCUCUUACGCUCGCGCGAUUAGAACCACUUCCUUAUCUUUCCGCUGUGAUACAAGAAGGAAUUCGCCUCUCUUUUGGUGUUCCUGGCCGACUUCCUCGCUAUUCGCCUAAGGAAACCCUAAUUUACAAUGGCUACACAUUGCCAGCUGCUACAGUAAUGAGUGAGUCCUCCUACCUCAUUCAUACAAAUAAAGAGUUGUAUCCGGACCCUUUCGCAUUCAGACCGGAGCGUUGGCUUGACGGAAAAAUCUCCGCCUCCAACUUUGUGCCCUUCUCUCGUGGAGCACGCAUGUGCAUUGGUAUAAACCUCGCUUAUGCAGAGCUGUAUUUGACACUUGCCGCGGUAUUCACGAGCUUCGAUUUCGAGCUGAUUGGUACCACUAAGCGAGAUGUUGAAAUUCGGCACGACUUUUUCGUGGGAAUGCCUGCUCUUGAAAGCCAAGGAGUAAGGGUUAAGGUCUUGCAGGAGCGUCGGAUCAAUGAUGGGCAUUGCUGACGUUGAUAUCAUAAUGUUAUAACGAGUAUAGGAUGGAUAUUUUUGUGAAAAGUCAAAGUGAAUAGAUAU